AAUUUUUUUAGUAACGGCAAGAUAGACCCAGUCUCCACAUAAAGUGUGUUGACUAGGUUGGCAAGAAGGGAAAACAUUUGGUUGCUGCUGUUUCAGAAAAGAAUACACAUUCAGUUUCCACUUCGAGAAAAUAAAGCCUUUAAACAAAAUAAAGCAUAAUGAGGAUGUCGCGCACCACAAUACUCUUUUACUGUAUCGGCUUGUGGAUUUCUGUUGCACUUUCGCACCAAGAUAAGACAGGCCCUAGGCGUUCAAGUGCAGUCCAGGCUUCUAAGAAUUCCGUUCCUGAAGAUCUAGAUGGAUCAGGAGGAGAUGAUCAAGACUUUUCUGGUUCUGGAGAUGGGGAUAGCUCGCCUACUACAACAGCUAUGGCUUCACUGGAUGUCACCAUGUCUCCCUCAUCCUCAAGUGCAACAGAGCAAGCUUCCGCAAUUGUAGAGAAAGGGAUAACAAGUCCUGUAAGAACAACCACCUCUCCUGAAAUGACUGAGAAAACUACCUUGGAGAAACAAAAAACCACAGAAGGUGCCGUACACAUUCCUGUGGCUGAUAGAACCACCUCUAGGCCAGUCAGUACUGCAGAGAAAUCGCCCGACACAACCACUGCUGCAGUUGCUUUACAUGGGGUUGUCAGCAACAAGGAACUUUCAUCCACAGCUGUCAACCCAACUCGCUCUUCUGUGCCUUUGUCCACCUCUGCCAGCAUUGUAUAUUCUAAUGCUAAGCAUGGGAGCACUGCAGACUCCACCACAUCUGUCGGUAUAACACAGUCUUCAUCUGCUAGUGUCCACAUUGUACAUUUGGAUGCUAACCCUAAAUAUACUGCAGGCCCCACCACCACAGUCGGUACAGCACCAGCUUCAGCCACCAGUGCCAGUGCUGGCAUUGCUGAUUCUGAUGCCAAGCCUGAGAGCACUGAAGACUCCACCACACCUGCCAGCAUAACAGAAUCUUCAUCUUCAUCCACCUCCGCUAGUGUCCACAUUGUACAUUUGGAUGCUAAGCCUAAAUAUACUGCAGGCCCCACCACCACAGUCGGUACAGCGCCAGCUUCAGCCACCAGCGCCAGUGCUGGCAUUGUAGAUUCUGAUGCUAAGCCUGAUGGUACUGUAGCUUCCAACAUCACUGAUGACAUUGCAGGUCCUAACAAAGGCAGGAAAUUGAGCCCAGGUCCCUUGCCCGGGGACAGAGAAGACUUGGCAGCAGAGACCAAUCUGGAUGAUCUGUACCUAGAAGAUGCUACAGUCUCCCAGACCAACAACAAAGUCCAAGGUGAAGUACCACAGAUCUACCAGCCAAAUAACAUCCAAGAAGCAUCAAAAGAAGGGGACAAUUCUAUGAGCCAAGGACUUAUGGAAAGGAAAGAAGUUCUAGGAGGUAAGAAUCUAGUCUAUACAUUUUUUUUUUACAUAUUUUAAUACUGCAUGGUUCAG